AUCGACUUGUAGGACUGGUUGUAGUUUGUAGCCUCUUUUUUUCUACCUUCAAACGUCAUUUCAGCGAAUCCAGGAACUAGCUGGAAUACAGAAAGCAUCGCACAGAAGUUUUGAGCAGCUUUCCCGGUGUGUUUUUUUUUACGGAGGAACGUCUACUCCGGGUCAUGGCCACCGCGCCGCCGUCUUCGCUCCAGCUGAGAGCGAGCGAUGUGAUCCGAAAAGAGCACCUGGACGACGGAGGUUUCGGAGAGGUUUACUUGUGCUACCACGCCACCCUGGGACAUGUAGUGAUGAAGACCAUGUAUACUGGUCCUCUUCGAAAUGAGGAGAGCAAAAGGUCCCUGCUGGAGGAAGGGAGCAUCAUGGCGAGCCUGAACCAUGAGCGAGUGGUCAGGUUGCUGGGUGUCAUCAUGGAGGACCGAGGCUGCUCUCUCGUCAUGGAGCUGAUGCCCCGGGGCAACUUGUUGUCCAUGCUGGAGAAGGUCACUGUGCCCGUAUCAAUCAAAGGGAGAAUUAUCGUAGAGAUUUUGGAAGGGCUGGUGUACCUCACCAACAGAAAAGUCAUCCACAAGGACAUCAAGCCAGAAAACAUUUUAAUUGACAAAGAUUUUCACAUAAAGAUUGCGGACCUUGGCCUUGCCACCUGCAAGACAUGGAGUAAACUCUCCAAGGAGGAGUCAUACAAAAAGAGUCGAAUGGGCUUGUCAAGCAGGACUAGGGCCGCAGGUACGCUCAGCUACAUGGCCCCUGAGCACCUGGAGAGCAUCCACGCCAUCUCUACAGAGAAAUCGGACGUUUACAGCUUUGCUAUUGUGGUUUGGGUCAUCAUCACAGGCAAAGAGCCGUAUGCGAAUGCCAGGAAUGAGGAUCAAAUCAGCCAGUGUGUCCGCAAUGGCGACCGUCCGGCAAUGGACCUUAUUCCUGCCAACACGCCUGCAGAAAUCAUUCAGCUCAUGGAGAGGUGCUGGAUUCACAACCCACUGCAAAGACCUACAUUUCAAGAGGGCUACAACCUUUUUCAUGUUUUCUACAUCGCAAAGCUUAAACCGUACGUGGAGACAGAUUUAAUUCAACUACGGACUACAUAUGAAGGCCCGGAUGAACUUGUGGACAAGAUGAAGUCUUUAUCAAUAACUGAUGAAUUGUUUUCAACAGAUUGUCCAGCAUUUUUGGAGAGCACAGACAGAAGUGCUUCUGGACCGGUUGAAGCAAGUAUUGAGGACAUUCAUGGUAUUCCAUCCGAGCCUAAUGUGGAGUCUGUGGAGCCUUGCAUUGAGACUGAUGCAGAGGCGUUUAGAGGUUCCUCCUUGGAGGACAAACUGCAACAGGAGUUAGACUACCACAGACAUGGCAGCUACAACUGUGGGAACCAUCCAGACUCUGUCAACAGCCAGCAACAACACAACUCUGAUAAUCUCCUACAUCAUACUGUCCGCCAGCCGGAACAAAACACACCUUUUGUGUCCUCUGUCCAUUCCUGGACAAAAGUGGAACCUGUGCAACCAAGCAGCCAGAAUGAUGCCCGAUAUCAUCCCGCUCGUCUCAAUGAGUCGAUGACCGCUUCCACACAGAGGUCAUCCCCCUCGCCAAUAUCUGCCAGCAUCCCUUCUCUACCGCAGCUUAAUCAGCAACAUCCAGAUUCCCACUAUUUACGACAACAGUCCUGGCCUGCUUCCUCAUUGGCCCAAACUACUUACCCGGACUACACUUCUGGGUUCACCAACAACUUUAAGGGUGGUGCUGCUUCAGAUUCAGGACCUCUUUACAUUUGCAACGCCAGGGGUAUCCAGAUCGGCAACUAUAACAGCCUCAAUAUCCACAACCAUGACUGCCCUCAAAGUGUUAUAUCUCUUCCUGGUAACAACAUGUGGACCAGUUCUCAGCUCAAAGAAGGAAUCCUGAAAUAUGAGGACCACCCCGUGACAGUAGAGCACUUGGAUGUACUGAAGAAACACAUUGGUGCCAAAUGGAAGUGUUACGCACGCCGCCUGGGUUUGAGCGAUGUGGAAAUAGAGACCAUUGAACACGACUUCUUCCUGGAUGGCCUGCCCGAGAUGGUGCAUCAGACACUGCAGCACUGGAAAAUGAAGGAAGGGAGUAUCGGCUGCACGGUCGGGAAGCUCUGUCGCGCUCUCGAAGGCGUCAUCGAUGUUCACGUCAUUCAGAAAAUACUGAACAUAUGUGGUUCCAGUUGCUAGAUUGAAUGGAACUCUCUUUCAGUGAAGAACUCGCCUAAGAUUUGUCUCUUUUUAAUGAUUGCUUUUCUGAAAUCUAAAUGUUUGUCAUACUCAACAUCAACUCUUAUUUGUUUGCAGCGGCGUAGAAAACUGAUGGGCCAGUGUCAAAAUUAAACAUUGAAUUUUAGUCAGUCAAAUCCAUUCAAAUUUACAUGUGUACAUGUAAUACUUGCUCGUAAAACUGCAUGUAUGUAUGAAGAAGAAAUCAUGGCCAGAAUUUACAGGGAAAAAAAAAAAAGUUUGCACUACUCCCACCCUUUAUACCCAUCUUUGUUAUUUCAACUGCUGAGUUUUUUUUUAAUCAUCAUGCUGCUUUUUAAAUUAAAGUUUUAAAUGAAAGUUUAUGAAGAAUAUUAUUGCUUCAACACCUUCAAAUUUGCAUAGAUGAAUCAGUUAUACACGAACUGGAGCCUUGGGUGUGCACAGGUUAAUCUUUUGCACACCUACAGUAUAUCUCUUUCUCCCGCAGAUGUGGUGUUCCCCAGGGUCUGGCUCUCAGUACCUUGUAAUUCUCAAUCUAGAUGCUAAUAUUCAGAGGGGAUAUACACAAUCAAAUUGUGUAAUUAUUAUUAUAAGGGACCAAGUUUGAUCAAAUUAUGUGAGAUAUGCUCUAAUUGUUUUUAAAACUCUUUUACUGCCAUUGACGUCAUGACAAACCAAUAAAGUCCAUAUCCUGUAUGUAGAUUUUAGCACUUAUCUGUUGUAAACUUCAUCAAACUAAACCAACAAAGGCUUGCUGUGUGUUGAAUACAUGACAACCCCUUGACAACAGUAAUCAUUAUCAUGAAACAACACUGCUGGGAAUGCCCGAUAAAGCCAAGAGCUUCAAUAAUAAAAUAUAAGGCCAAGAUUGCAUGAUUAACAGUAAAUGGAUAAUCCCAGGUCGAUAAUUAGCGUUUAUUAUAAUGACAGAUUAACU